AUGAAGGAGCUCGUCAGCCAAGAUGCGCCCAAGAAGAUCAAGCACAUCCAGUUCGGCGUGCUCUCGCAGCAGGACAUUGUCAACAUGUCCGAGAUCGAGAUCACCACGCGCGACCUCUAUACCAUUGGCGAGGCCGAGCGCAAGCCCGUCGCCAACGGCGUCCUCGACCGCCGCCUCGGCAUCUCGGACAAGAACUCGCUCUGCGAGACGUGCCACCUCAAGAUGGCCGACUGCGUAGGCCACUACGGCUACAUCAAGCUCGUCCUCCCCGUCUUCCACGUCGGCUUCUUCAAGCACACCGUAUCCAUCCUCCAGUCGAUCUGCAAAAACUGCGCCCACGUCCUCCUCGAGGAGCCCGACCGCCGCAAGUACCUCCGCCGCUUCCGCCGGCCCAACCUCGAGAACCUGCAGCGCACCCGCACCUUCAAGGAGGUCAACACGCGCGCCCGCAAGGUCCUCUACUGCCCAAAGUGCGGCUACACCAACGGCACCGUCAAGAAGCAGGGGCAGCUCAAGAUUGUCCACGAAAAGUUCCGCGCCAAGAAGACGGCGGCCGAGCUGGAAGAGUUCCGCAGCACCUUCACCACCAACGUCCGCAUGGGCAACGGCGACAUCACGCCGCACCUCAGCAAGGCCCAGGAGGACCUCAACCCGCUCAAGGUCCUCGACCUCUUCAAGCGCAUCUCGGACGAGGACUGCGAGCUGCUCGGCCUGCGCCCCGAGUUUGGGCGGCCCGAGGAGUACAUCUGGCAGUACGUCUGCGUGCCCCCCGUCUGCAUCCGCCCCAGCGUGGCCCAGGACGGCGCCACCAACGAGGACGACGUCACCAUCAAGCUCACCGAGAUCAUCUUCACCAACUCGCUCCUCAAGAUCGGGCUGGUCAAGGGCGGCAAGGGCACCACCACCAGCCAGCUCGUCCAGCAGUGGGACUUCCUCCAGCUCACCGUCGCCCUCUACAUCAACUCGGAGCUGCCGGGCGUGCCCAGCCAGCCCGGGCAGAAGCCCAGCCGCGGCUUCUGCCAGCGGCUCAAGGGCAAGCAGGGCCGCUUCCGCGGCAACCUGUCGGGCAAGCGCGUCGACUUUUCCGGGCGCACCGUCAUCGGGCCGGACCCCAACCUCAAGAUCGACGAGGUGGCCGUGCCGGAGCGCGUGGCCAAGAUCCUCACCUACCCGGAGCGGGUGUUUGUGCACAACAUUGAGCGGAUGCGGCAGGCGGUGCGCAACGGCACCGACGUCCACCCGGGCGCCAACUACCUCCAGGACGGCAAGACGGGCUUCAAGCGCUUCCUCAAGUUCCCCGGCAUGCGCGAGGAGCUGGCGCAGAAGCUGCGCGUCGGCGACAUUGUCGAGCGCCACCUCCGCGACGGCGACAUUGUCCUCUUCAACCGCCAGCCCUCGCUGCACAAGCUGUCGAUCAUGAGCCACCGCGCAAAGGUGCGCCCCUGGCGCACGUUCCGCCUCAACGAGUGCGCGUGCAACCCCUACAACGCCGACUUUGACGGCGACGAGAUGAACCUCCACGUGCCCCAGACCGAGGAGGCGAGGACCGAGGCGACGACGCUCAUGGGCGUCAAGCACAACCUCGUCACGCCGCGCAACGGCGAGCCCAUCAUCGCCGCCAUCCAGGACUUUAUCACGGCGUCGUUCCUCAUCUCGAAGCGCGACCGCUUCUUCGACCGCGCCCAGUUUUCGCAGGUGUGCUCCUACUUUGCCGACGCCGACCUGCAGAUCGACAUCCCGCCGCCGGCGAUCCAGAAGCCCGUGCGCCUCUGGACGGGCAAGCAGGUCAUGGGCUGCCUGAUCCGCCCCAACCGCAGGUCGCCCCACCUCGUCAACCUCGAGGCCCAGUGCCGCACCUUCGAGAAGCCCAAGAACGGCCACCCCAAGGACAUGUCGCCCAACGACGGCUGGCUCGUCAUUGUCAACAGCGAGGUCAUGUGCGGCGUCUUCGACAAGUCGACGGUGGGCGACGGCAAGAAGAACUCGGUGUUUGGCGUCAUGCUGCGCGACUACGGGCCCGACGCCGCCAUCACGGCCAUGAACCGGCUGGCCAAGACGUGCGCCCGCUGGCUCGCCAACCAGGGCUUCUCGCUCGGCAUCAACGACGUCAUCCCCGGCCCGCGGCUGCGCGACAACAAGGACGCCAAGGUCGAGACGGCGUACGCCGAGUGCCUCGACCUCAUCGAAAAGGCCAAGCACGGCAAGCUCGAGAACCUGCCCGGCUGCGACCAGGAGCAGACGCUCGAAAACAUGAUCUCGGGCGUCCUCUCGGCCGUCCGCGCCGACGUCGGCGAGAUCUGCAUGACGGAGCUCAGCCGGCACAAUGCGCCCCUCGUCAUGGCCGUCUGCGGCUCCAAGGGCUCCAAGAUCAACGUGGCCCAGAUGGUGGCGUGCGUCGGGCAGCAGAUCAUUGCCGGCUCGCGUGUCAAGAACGGCUUCCAGGACCGCUCGCUGCCCCACUUCCCCAAAAAGUCCAAGGACCCGCCGUCGCGCGGCUUUGUGCGCAACAGCUUCUUCAGCGGCCUCACGCCGAGCGAGUUCCUCUUCCACGCCAUCUCGGGACGCGAGGGCCUGGUCGACACGGCGGUCAAGACGGCCGAGACGGGCUACAUGGCGCGCCGCCUGAUGAAGGCGCUCGAGGACCUGUCGACGCACUACGACAUCUCGGUGCGCAACUCGGUGGGCACCGUGGUGCAGUUCGUCUACGGCGACGACGGCCUCGACCCGGCCGAGCUCGAGGGCGACGCGCUGCCCGUCGAGUACUUCCGCUCGUGGCGCCACUCGCUCGCCAUCACGCACCACAUCCCCGGCCGCGGCCUGAUGCCCUACGAGAUGGGCGAGAUUGUCGACCGCGAGCUCAACAGCCCGCGCUUCGUCAACACGUGCACGGAAAAGUACCGCGAGCAGGUGCGCAGCUUCCUCUUUGACAACGUCGUCAGGCGCGCCGCCGAGAUCCGCGAGCACUUUGGCAUGUGGCCCGCCCUCGAGCGCAUGGACGAGUGGGACGAGGACACGGACCUGUCGAUGGGCGCCGACAGCGAGCAGCACGCCGUCGUCAACAACAAGACCAAGGUCAAGGAGGCGGCGCUGCUCGAGUUCCUCGACGAGUGCUGGGUCAAGUACAUGAAGGCCCGCGUCGAGCCAGGCUCGGCCGUCGGAGCCGUCGGCGCGCAGUCGAUUGGAGAGCCGGGCACCCAGAUGACGCUCAAGACGUUCCACUUUGCCGGUGUCGCGUCGAUGAACGUGACGCUGGGUGUGCCGCGCAUCAAGGAGAUUAUCAAUGCGGCCAAGACGAUCAACACGCCCAUUAUCUCGGCCAAGCUGGUGAGCGAGCGGAGCGAGACGGCGGCGCGCAUCGUCAAGGGGCGCAUCGAAAAGACGUACCUGGGCGACAUUGCGUCGGUGAUUGAGGAGGCGUGGGCGGCCAACUACACGUACCUGGGCGUGCACAUCGACAUGGACGCGAUCCGCAAGCUGCAGCUCGAGGUGACGCUCAACGACAUCAAGUGGGCGAUUGUCAAUGCGCCCAAGCUCAAGAUCCGCGAGGACAAGAUCCGGGUGGUGCCGAAGCGCAACCGGAUCCGCGUCUACGUCGACGGCGAGUCCAAGGACGGCAAAAACGACGCCUACUACAACCUCAAGGCGCUCAAGCGGGCGCUGCCGUCGAUUGUCGUCAAGGGCAUCUCGACGGCGACGCGGGCCGUCAUCAGCGACGAAAAGGGGCAGCGCAAGCUGCUGGUCGAGGGGUACGGCCUGCUCAAGGUGAUGACGACCGAGGGCGUGGUGGGCACGCAGACGUCGACCAACCACGUCAUGGAGAUGCAGGCGGUGCUGGGCAUCGAGUCGGCGCGCACCUCGGUGUACAACGAGAUUGAGACGACGAUGUCGGCGCACGGCAUGUCGAUUGACCCGCGGCACAUUAUGCUGCUGGCCGACGUCAUGACGUACAAGGGCGAGGUGCUGGGCAUCACGCGGUUCGGCGUGGCCAAGAUGAAGGACAGCGUGCUGAUGCUGGCCAGCUUUGAAAAGACGACCGACCACCUCUUUGACGCGGCCCUCUACGGCAAGUCGGACGAGGUGCGCGGCGUCUCGGAGAGCAUCAUCAUGGGCAACCCGGCCGAGACGGUCGGUACGGGCAUGGCCGCCCUCGUCGUCCCGCGGCCGCCGCUGCCGCCGCGCAGGAGGCUCGUAUUCGACCGGUGA